AUGUCGGAUAACCUGUCGGGAAGGCGUAAAAGAGGAAGAGGCCGCGAGCGCGGAGGAUUGCGGGGAAACGGCAGAAAAGUAGAGACCGAGGAGCGGAAAGCGAAAGAAUUGGCUAUGACUGAAGAAGAAUAUCAAGAAACCAAGAGAAAACUGCUCCGAAUCGCAGUCAUCGCCGAAACGCAAUACAAUGAGCUCCGAAAGCAGUUGAAAAAGAAUAAGGAGCAGGAAUAUCUGGAAUACAAGGCACUAGUCGACAGAGGAGAAUGUCCCGAGUUUUUGCUGGGAAAAGCGGAAGCCGAUGAGAAAUUGAAGAAGAAAUUGGAAAUCAACGAAACGCGAUAUGAGCUGAAAAUGGCUCAGAUUCAAGAUGAAUACGAGGCGGAGACGGCGAUCAACGAGACGCAACACGAUGAUCAGUACGCGUACGCCAAGGAUCGAUUCAUCACGUUUUUCGAGGAGUUGAUUGAGGAAAAAACGAAACGGCAACGAGAGAUUGGGCUGAUUAUGGGAGCGCUUUUAACACUUCCACCACUACCGACUCCCACCAGUCAGCGACCAAUCUUCGUCGAGGACGUCGAUCCGAACAGACGACAGACGAGAAGUCGAAGCAAAGCAAUGAGAAACGAGGAGGAGUCGUCGACGUCGAAGUGA